AUGCUUUUUAAAUGUUACACAUCCUUGUGCUCGAUGCGAAGUUUCCAAUAUACUAUAACGAAUACUAAAUUUGAUAUGCCCUGCAGCGAUGAGAGUUUUCUGCCAGUGUUAAAUCCUUUGCACGAUUCAAAAUGUGUGGGCACUGAUGAAAAGCUUGUUAAAGUUAAGUCCGGCUUGUCAAAGCGUAAACCCCCUUUUCUGGAAAAUCGCACCAUGGACGAUUGGGGCGCCAUCAAGUAUAGCACAACUUCAAGAGGAAAUAAGUUAUUAUCCUAUGGCGGUCAUCGUUUCAUCAAAAACAACAUUUAUGGCAUGAGGGUGUACUGGAAGUGCACAAAGUGGCAUAGUCAUUGCAAGGCGCGUGCAAUUACCAGUUUUGCUGCGCCCACGUGUUGCGUCAUAAAGGGCGUACACAACCAUUCGAUCGUGAAGGAGGAAUAAAUAUAGAGAAAAGAAGGAAACAUGUGGCACGCGUAAUGUGGAAUAUUCAGUGCAAAUGAAGUCAACUUUUUAGAUUUUAAGCUUAGAUAUGUUUAGUAGUAGUUGCUGGGUUACAAAUCCUUGCCAAUUAAUGCAAUAAUAUUUUUUUUUUUAAGAUAUUACAAUUUGAAAGACCCUGGCAAAUAAGCCUUCAUACACUAUAAUAAAAACUGUGCACUUAA